CUCGUUACCACGGUUAAAGCAUAACACGGAUAGCUCCGUGCUCUUUUGUAAAGUCAUGACACGUCGACACGACAAUAAGAUAACCUCAGUUUGUGUGGUAGUGUUAUUGGCUUCCUGACUAUUUAACCGUGUUGUGACUCUAUGGUGUUCAUUUUAAAGCGCGGUAAAGUGUAAAGUAAACAAUAAAAAUUGAAACAGUGAACAAGUGAAAAGUUGUUUUAUUUUUCAAUAGCACAACCGCGGGCCGCGAAUAACAAGUAGGAAUAGGCUGUUUAGUGUCUACUGUCGUAUGUCAGUGUGUCGCAGUGAAGCGCCUAUCACUGAUUAAUAAUUGUCGUUGGUCGUUAUAGUUGUUACGAGUUUGAUGUUUAAUGUAGUUCAGUUUUUUUUAUUGAAAUAACCAAACUUCGACAACGGCAUAUUUAUACGUAAAAUACCUACCCUAUCUAGCCUUAAAAAUACCGGAAGAUAUUUAUUGUUUGUAUUCAACCAAGUGUUGAACGUUUGUACAAAAUGGAUACGAACAACAAAGCAUCGACGUCACAUAUCAAAUCCGAUUCGUCAGACGAGGAUGAUGAACGCCAUGAAAACUAUUCAACUGAAGAGUUAUCUCUUAAGCUAAAGACAUUCCGUAAUUUAUGUCUAGAAAACAAAAUAAAUGUGAACAGCGCAUUUGAAAUUGAUAUGAUUGGAUAUUUUCAUUCUUGGUUGAAGAAAAAAAAAAGCUCAAUAUUUGACGACACCACAUUCCAAGAGAUUAGUGACUAUCUUGAAGCUUCGGAAAUAAUCUAUGCUUAUCGUGUUGACAAUUUGGCAGAAACAACUAGUAAACUAGUUGAACAAUUUAAAUUCAAUAAUCCCAGUUAUAGUACAACAAGAAUAAAGGAUGAUGAUAACGCAACUGCUGUUCAGAAAUCAAAGAGACAAAAUAUGAUGUUGACUACAAAUGAAAAAUUAAGACGUACACCAAGGGAAAAUGAAAAGUAUUCCUUCGAUUCAGAAAUAAAUCAUAUGACUUCUAGCUUUAGUUGUAGAGAAUUAUUAUCCGUGGGUAGUCCUUUCCGUUUUAUGAGAUCAUUGUACUCCAAUGAAACCUUACCAGAAGAAAUGAAAAGAGUUCGUGAAAAUUCUACCAAAAAAGUAGAAGAUUAUGAAACAAUAGAAGUUGAUAAAAGUUUUUUAGAGCUGUCUGAUGCACUUUCGAAAAGAGCUAUCUGCCCUGAAUUUAAGGGUUUUAUAGCUGCACGUGACAAAGGUGACAAUUCAAACAAUGAUCAAUUGAACGGCAAUAAGUAUCACUUUGAUCCUAAUGUUCAUCAAUUUAUUUAUAAUUCUGAAGCCUCUAUAUGUGAUGAACCAAAUAAUAGUAAACUUGAUGAACGAAAAGACAUUAUUUCAAAUUUUAACGUAAAUGAUAAUAUUGAUGAAAAUUCACAGCAAAAUAUUAAACAAACUUAUAAAAAACACAAUCAAGUUAAGGAUGAAAGUGUUAAAAUAGAUUGGUUAGAUAUGAGCCAAAUAGAUAAACUAUUGAAAAAAAAUGAUGAAGAUGGAAAAUACAUAUCACCUUUUACACUACAAAAAUGGGAUCCACUUGUAAAUAUAUCUGAUAUGCGUGCAAUUGUUGCCGAUGUUCCAUAUAAGUUUAAUUUUUUGAAAUAUACUGAAAUUAAGCCAGAUUGGUGGAAAGGUCAUAAAAAUCUCGAGUUGAACCCUGAAGAUGAAAAUGUUAUAGCUGACAUUGACACUGAAUCAAAAAUGGAUGUAAGAGAAUUGAAAAAAGAAAUAUCAGAUAUUAUUGAUGAACAGUGUGUAGAAACUAAUACCAAUGGUGAAUGGAGUUCAAAGUUAUCGUUUUUUAACUUGUUAACAAUGUUGCGUGUUAAUGAAAGAGAUGAGCUUUCAAUACCCAUUGUAUUUGUUGGCCUUCUUCAUUUAGCAAACGAACGAGGUCUAAAGUUGUUUCAAGAACAUUGUAUCAUAAAUGAUAUGGAAGAAACAUUUAUUGCCAAACUAUUAAGCAAAGAGUAAAUUUAAUUUGUGGUUAGAACCAUUUCAUUUUAUAUUAUAUUUGUUCCAUAAGAGUUAACAUUAAAUCAAUAAUUAAGAAAUAUUUAUACAUU